AGAUAUAUGAUCUGGAUUUUUGAACCAUUGGAUGUAAAACAUGUAUAGAGUAGAGAAAGAUGUGGCCCACUUCGGUUUUGGAUAGCCUCAUCAAUCUAUUCCCCCAAAAUAAGAAACAUGGGCGGGCCACUAGUUCAGGUGGUCCAGCCAACUACACAAUCUUUAACCCUAAAAUAAGCAAGAAAUCUAUACAAAGAUGGGCGGACGGUCCAGCCAACAACCACCGUCUUUACACCCAGCCAGAAAUCUGAAAGGGACGGAUGGGCGGGCCACUAAUUCAGGUGGUCCUGCCAACUAUCAAAAUCUCUACCCCCAAAAUAAGCAAGAAAUCUAGGGAGAGAGAGAGAUCACCUCCGCAACAGAAGCUCCUAGAAGAAGAUCUGCCCUGAAAGCCUUCGCCUUACACGUGCGAAUCUGCUCGAACUGCUUGGCUGGAAGCGUCUCCGAGAGAAACCCGACCUCGAACUCGAUCUCAUUUGAAGACGCAUCGGCCUUGAUCCCCGUUACGCUGACCCACAGGAAGAGCUUCUUCGCCUGUAUUCCCUCUUGCUCAUUCGUGUUCUUGCAUCUUGUCACGGACAUAUUAGCAGUGUGGAUCAUACCCAUUGGCAAGACAGCUGAUAUUCUUCUCCCAAAAACAGACCGAUCGAACCAUCCUCACCAUCCCGCUGGUGUCUGUCAGAUGAACGGCUGAAAAUAAAUUGGCCAGCAGUUCAAACUAGGCUAUAUCUGACGAUCAAGAUCAUCCGAUAGUCGUAAUUUUCGAGCUUUGUGCUCUCCAAAAUGGGGUCCGCUAUUUGGAACGUCCGAUCGCUGUAAUUGAUGAUCCAAAAUGUCCAAUUGGCCCACCAAUUCAAAUUCAAUACCAGGAGACCAUUUCAAGGGAACCCAUAUCUUCGUGUCCUAAAAUCUCCCAUCACUUCUCUGCCAUCGUACAUAGACAACGGUGAAAACAAUGACGCACACAACAUGUUUGACAAAAUGCUCCAGCCACAUCUCAAAUCAUGGAAUGCUAAGAUCACAGGCUGCUGUAUCAAUGCCAACUACGGCGAAGCUCUGUCCCUCUUUUGUCGAAUUCAGCAUGCGGGCGUCAGGCCCGACCAUUACUCGUUGCCUGCUCUCCUCAAAUCAUGCGCUGCUCUUUCGGCAAUUGAAUUGGGGAGAGCAUUUCAUGGCUGCGUUGUUAAGGAAGGGCAUGAAUUGGAUGUACCCGUCCAUAAGGCGCUCAUGAACAUGUAUGCCAAAUGCGGGGCUUUAUAUGAUUCCCACCGGCUGUUCGAUGAAAUGGGCCACCAGGAUCCUGUCAUGUGGAACAUACUUAUAUCUGGAUACGGGCAGUCACAAUUACACAUGGAGGCUAUGGGACUGUUCUAUUCGAUGCAUGUAUGUGAGGACCCUAAGCCCAACGCCAUUACAAUCGCAAUUAUACUUCCAGUUUGCGCAAGAUUGAAAGCUUUGAAAUGUGGCAUGAGUAUCCAUGCUUAUGCAAUUAAAGGUGGGUUGGAAUCACAGACUCUUGUAGGAAAUGCACUGGUUUCAAUGUACGCGAAAUGUGGUAGCAUUUGGGAUGAUGCCCAUGGCGUCUUUAAUCAGAUAGUCUGUCAGGACAUUGUCUCGUGGAAUGCCAUGAUUGCGGGGUAUGCCGAAAAUGGGUUGUCUAAGGAAGCAUUUGGGCUGUUCCAUCAAAUGCUCUUGGCAGAUUUCAAGCCUAAUUAUGCCACGAUUGUGAAUAUUCUACCCCUCUGUGCGUUUUUGGGAGAUGACUGCCGUGGAAAAGAGAUCCAUAGCUACAUUCUGCGGUUUGGAUUUGAUUCAGAGGUUUCAGUAUGCAAUGCUCUCAUGACGUUUUACUCGAGGAUCGGACACAUGGAAGAGGCCGAAUUUGUCUUUAGAAAUUUUGGCUCGAAAGAUCUAGUUUCAUGGAAUACAGUCAUUGUGGGAUAUGCCAUGAAUGGUUGGGUCUUUAAAGCAUUAGAUUUGUUUCAUGAAUUGCUCUCGACUGGCGUGAAACCCGAUUCAGUCACUCUCAUCAGUGUACUUCCUGUCUGCAGCCAAUUACAUGAUGUAAAGGAGGGUAAAAAGAUACACGAGUAUGUUCUCGGGCACCCAGGACUAUGUGAUGAUACAGCUGUAGGAAAUGCUUUGAUAAGUUUCUAUGCGAAAUGUGGUGAAUUAGAAGAUGCAUUUCGGACGUUUGGGUCGAUGCGGAAGAGAGAUUUGAUAUCAUGGAAUGCGAUGCUUGCUGCUUGUGUGGAGAGCAGACGUUGGGAGAAGGUUGUCGACCAUCUACAUCACAUGCAAAGGGAAGGAAUUAGACCAGAUUCUGUCACCAUCUUAAGCAUUCUUCGUUUAUUUGCUUUAUUGAGCAUGAUGGUGGUUAAAGAAGUUCAUGGUUACUCCGUUAGGGCAGGUUUAAUAAAUGAACUGACGGUUGGAAAUGCGAUACUUGAUGCGUAUGCGAAAUGUGGGAGCAUGGACUAUGCAUUCAAAACAUUCGAGAGCUUGUCAGGAAAAAAUGUUGUAACGGGAAAUGCGAUGAUUGCAGGGUACGUGAGUCAUGAGUGUUGUCAGGAGGAUGCGGAAAUGAUAUUCAACCGGAUGCAAGAUAGAGAUCUCACCACGUGGAAUCUAAUGGUUCAGGUUUAUGCCCAAAGUGAUUGCAGUGAUCAAGCUCUUAAUCUGUUCUGUGAAUUACAGAUUCAAGGGAUGAGACCUGAUGUGAUGAGUCUGAUGAGCAUUCUUCCGGUCUGUACCCGUUUGGUUUCGGCGCACCUGCUGAGGCAGUGUCAUUGUUAUGCAAUCAGAGCCUGCUUGGACGACGUUUGCUUGGAAGGAGCACUGGUUGAUGCAUACUCAAAAUGUGGAAGUAUAAACAAUGCUUACAAGCUCUUCCAACUGAGUCCCCAGAAGGAUCUAGUCAUGUUCACGGCCAUGAUCGGUGGGUAUGCAAUGCAUGGUAUGGGCGAGGAGGCACUCAGGGUCUUCUCUCAAAUGCUGGAAUUUGAUAUAAAGCCAGAUCACGUCAUCAUGACUGCUGUUUUAGCAGCCUGCAGUCAUGCUGGCCUUGUUGAUGAAGGGUGGAGGCAUUUUAAUUCCAUGGAUGAUAUUCAUGGCAUUAAACCCACCAUGGAGCACUACUCCUGUAUGGUGGACCUUCUUGCCCGAGCAGGGCGGCUGAAGGAUGCAUAUGCUUUUAUAACCAACAUGCCUGUUGAAGCCAAUGCAAACGUUUGGGGGACAUUGCUCGGAGCUUGUAAGACCCACCAUGAGGUGGGCCUUGGGCGGCUAGCAGCGAACCGCUUGUUCGAAGUUGAGGCUGGGAACAUUGGGAACUAUGUGGUGAUGUCAAAUAUAUAUGCAGCAGACAGUAGAUGGGAUGGCGUUGAGGAAGUGAGGAGAUUGAUGAAGACGAAAGAAUUGAAAAAGCCAGCUGGCUGCAGUUGGAUUGAGGUGGAGAUGAGGCGACAUAUAUUUGUAGCUGCGGAUUUAUCUCAUCCGCUAAGACCUGCUAUCUACAGCACCUUGAGAACUUUGGAUCAGCAAAUUAAAGAGCCGAUGGUGUAAAUGAAUUGAUCUUGAAAAAAAGCCAUGCAAGUGCGUCGUGAGAUCACUCUAUGAAGAUUUAAGAAGAGGUUACUGCCGGCUUCUAUGCAGUCGUUGUUGCAAAGAUAAUCAGUUGCCAGUUGAGGGUAUCUGAGAUUUUAAUUCAUUUGGUCUUGGGAAUGGGCAUACUACAGUCACAGAGAUCGAAGAGAAACAUGAAGUUGCAAGGCUGUUUGCUGCUGCAUUGGGAUAGAGAAACAUAGGUGCUUCCUCCAUUAAAUAUGUUCCAGGCAGUGGAUAAAGAUUUAAGUGCAAUGUUCGGCAAAGCACUCGAUCAUUUAGCAAAGUCUGUUUACUGUCAUGCAUUCAAUUCACGGAGGAAAUGUAGAUCGAAUGGGAAAAUAUUUAAGUUUCUCGCUCUAAAUUUGACUUAGAAAUAGUUCUUACAUUCUCUUGAGCAACCGAAAGGUACAUUUUGUUCAA